AGUCCAGGACCUCAAGGAGACCAUAAAGGAGGCGCCGGUGGUCCAGGAAGUGGAGGAGGAGGUGAAGAAGGCAAAGGCAGUCAAGAAGAAGAAGGCGAAGGUAGUCCAGGAGGUCAAGGAGUUCACAAAGGAGGCGCCGGUGGUCCAGGAAGUGGAGGAGGUGAAACCAGUCAAGAAAGAGAAGGUGAAGGUGGCUCAGGAGGUAAAGGAGACUAUAAAGGAGAUACUGGUGGUCCAGGAAGUGGAGGAGGAGGUAAAGAAGGAAAAGGCAGUCAAGAAGAAGAAGGCAAAGGUAGUCCAGGAGCUCAAGGAGACCAUAAAGGAGGCGCUGGUGGUCCAGGAAGUGGAGGAGGAGGUGAAGAAGGCGAAGGCAGUCAAGAAGAAGAAGGCGAAGGUAGUCCAGGAGGUCAAGGAGACCACAAAGGAGGCGCCGGUGGUCCAGGAAGUAGAGGAGGAGAAGGUGAAAAAGGUGAAACCAGUCAAGAAAGAGAAGGUGAAGGUGGCCCAGGAGGUAAAGGAGACUAUAAAGGAGGUACAGGUGGUCCAGGAAGUGGAGGAGGAGGUAAAGAAGCAAAAGGCAGUCAAGAAGAAGAAGGCAAAGGUAGUCCAGGAGCUCAAGGACACCAUAAAGGAGGUGGAGGAGGAGGUGAAGAAGACAAAGGCAGUCAAGAAGAAGAAGGCGAAGGUAGUCCAGGAGGUCAAGGAGACCACAAAGGAGGCGCCGGUGGUCCAGGAAGUGGAGGACGAGGUGACGAAGCCAAAGGCAGUCAAGAAGAAGAAGGCGAAGGUAGUCCAGGAGGUCAAGGAGACCCCAAAGGAGGCGCCGGUGGUCCAGGAAGUAGAGGAGCAGGUGAAAAAGGUGAAACCAGUCAAGAAGGAGAAGGUAAAUGUGGCCCAGGUGGUAAAGGAGACUAUAGAGGAGGUGAAGGUGGUCCAGGAAACGAAGAAUGAGGUGAAGGCAAAGGCAGUCAAAAAGAAGGUGAAAGUGGGCCAGGAGGCAAAGGAGACAAUAAAGGAGGUGACGGCGGUCCAGGAAGUGAAGGAUAUGAUGAAGGUGAGGGUGGCCCAGAAAGUAAAGGAGGAGGUGAAGAAGACGCAGGCAGUCAAGAAGGAGAAGUUGUUGGUGGCCCAGGAGGCAACGAAGGAGGCGAAGAAGGCAAAACCGAUCCAGAAGGUUCAGCUGAAGGUGAUCCAGGAAGUGAUGGACGUGCCGGUGAAGGAAUUUGAGGCGUCGUCCUCGGAAGCUUCAUCCCCAUCUGGGAGGAAGAGGAGGACGAGGAGGCGACCACAGAAGUCCAUAGAGGAGGUGCAGGAUCAGCCCAAAAAGAGGCCCCUGGUCCGGGCCGCGUCGGAGGAGAGCGCCGCCGACCUGUACCCGCUGGGGGGCUCGCCGUCCCCGGGCGACACGCUGCCAUGGAACCUGCCCAAGCAUCAGCGCAUCAAACGCUCCAAGUCGGCCUCGGGCGACGUGCUGGAUCCGGCCGAGCGCGCCGUCAUCCGGAUCGCAGACGAGCGCGACCGAGUCCAGAAGAAGACCUUCACCAAAUGGGUCAACAAGCACCUAGCGAAGCACUGGAAGGCCGAGGCCCAGCGACAUGUCAGCGACUUGUACGAGGACCUGCGAGAUGGCCACAACCUCAUCUCCCUGCUGGAGGUUCUCUCUGGGGAGACGCUGCCGCGGGAGAAGGGCCGCAUGCGCUUUCACAAGCUCCAGAAUGUUCAGAUCGCGUUGGACUUCCUCAAGCGCAGACAGGUCAAACUGGUCAACAUCAGGAAUGACGACAUCGCCGACGGAAACCCCAAGCUGACCCUGGGCCUCAUAUGGACCAUCAUCCUGCACUUCCAGAUCUCCGACAUCCAGGUGAACGGCCAGUCGGACGACAUGACGGCCAAGGAGCGUCUGCUGCUGUGGUCCCAGAGGAUGGUGGAGGGCUACCAGGGUCUCCGCUGCGACAACUUCACCAGCAACUGGAGGGACGGCAAGCUCUUCAACGCCAUCAUUCACAAACACAGGCCCAACCUCAUCGACAUGAGCCAAGUGGGCCGCCAGACCAACCAGCAGAACCUGGAGCUGGCCUUCGGUGUGGCCGAGCGCGAACUGGGCGUCACCAGACUGCUGGACCCCGAGGAUGUGGACGUGCCGCAUCCCGACGAGAAGUCAAUCAUCACGUACGUGUCGUCGCUGUACGACGCCAUGCCCAGGGUGCCCGACGUUCAGGACGGCGUCAAGGCUAACGAGCUGGAGCUGCGCUGGCAGGAGUACUACGAGCUGGUCACCACGCUGCUGCAGUGGAUCAGACACCACAUCCUGGUCUUUGAGGAGCGCAAGUUCCCCAGCAGCUACGAGGAAAUUGAGGUUCUCUGGCGUCAGUUCCUCAAGUUCAAGGAGACGGAGCUCCCUGCCAAGGAGGCCGACAAGAACCGCUCCAAACAUAUCUUCAAGUCCUUUGAGGGCGCGGUGCAGGCGGGUCACGUCAAGGUGCCGUCGGGCUACCACCCGCUGGACGUGGAGAAGGAGUGGGGGCGCCUGCACGUGGCCAUCCUGGAGCGGGAGCGCCUGCUGAGGACCGAGUUCGAGAGGCUGGAGCGACUUCAGAGGAUCGUCGGCAAGGUGCAGAUGGAGUCGGGCGUGUGCGAGGAGCAGCUCAACCAGGUGGAGGCGCUGCUGCAAACGGACGUGCGUCUGUUGAACUCGGGCAAACCCGCCCAGCACACCGCCGAGGUGGAGGCCGACCUGGAAAAGGCGGAGGGCAUGAUUCGCUUCCUCUUCAACGACGUACAGACGCUUAAAGACGGGCGCCACCUUCAGGCCGAGCAGAUGUACCGCAGAGUGUACCGCCUCCACGAGCGUCUGGUGAACCUGCGCAGCGAGUACAACUUUCGGCUCAAGUCGGGCGUGAGCGUGGCGCAGGCGCCCGCCACGCAGGUGUCCAUGACGCCGGUGCACGGCGGGGCCACGCAGGCGCGCGCGGCGCAGGUCCUCCAGCAGGCCCCCGUCAGGCUGCGUCCCGAGCUGGACGAGGUGACGCUGCGCUACGUCCGCGACCUGCUGGGCUGGGUGGAGGAGAACCAGCAGCGUGUGGACCAGGGCGAGUGGGGCGCCGACCUGCCCGCCGUCGAGUCGCACCUGGGCAACCACCGCGGCCUGCACCUCUCCGUGGAGGAGUUCCGCUCCAAGGUGGAGCGCGCCAAGGCCGACGAGACUCAGAUCUCACCUGUGAGUAAGGAGGCCUACAGAGACUACCUGAGCCAACUGGAACAGCACUACGGGAAACUCCUGAACUCGUCCAAGUGUCGCCUGCGCCACCUGGAGCAGCUGCACGCCUUCGUGACGGCCGCCACCAAGGAGCUGAUGUGGCUCAACGAGAAGGAGGAGGAGGAGGUCAACUACGACUGGAGCGAGCGCAACACCAACAUGGCGGCCAAGAAGGACAACUACUCGGGUCUGAUGCGGGAGCUGGAGCUGCGGGAGAAGAAGAUGAGCGCCGCGCAGGUGACGGGAGACAAGCUGCUGAGAGACAGACACCCCGGCCGGAAGACCGUCGAGGCCUUCGCCGCCGCCCUGCAGACUCAGUGGAGCUGGAUCCUGCAGCUGUGCUGCUGCAUCGAAAGCCACCUGAAGGAAAACGCCGCCUACUUCCAGUUCUUCGCUGACGUGAAAGAGGCUGAAGACAAGCUGAAGAAGAUGCAGGACACCAUGAGGAGGAAGUACACGUGCGACCGCUCCGUCACCGUCACCAGGCUGGAGGACCUCUUGCAGGACGCCGCCGAUGAGAAAGAGCAGCUGAGCGAGUUCCAAACUCACCUGGAAGGUCUGAAGCGGCGAGCCAAGACGGUGGUGCAGCUGAAGCCGCGCAACCCGGCCACCGCCAUCAAGAGCAAGCUGCCCAUCCAGGCCGUUUGCGACUUCAAGCAAAUGGAGAUCACGGUCCACCGCGGGGACGAGUGCGCCCUGCUCAACAACUCCCAGCCGUACAAGUGGCGAGUGCUGAACCGCCACGGCAGCGAGGCCACGGUGCCGUCCAUCUGCUUCUUGGUUCCGCCCACCAACAAGGACGCCGUCAACAGCGUCACCGGGCUGGACGGGAACCUGCAAAAGCUGCAGACGAUGUGGCAGAGCUUGUUUGUGGACCUGAGGAGUCUGCUGUCUUGGCAGUACCUCAUGCGAGACAUCCACAUCAUCAAGACCUGGAACAUCUCCAUGUUCAAGACGCUGACGGUGGAGGAGUACCGGCUGGCCCUGAGGAACCUGGAGCAGCACUACCAGGACUUCCUGAGGGACAGCCAGGACUCUCAGGCCUUCGGGGCCGAGGACCGCAUGCAGGUGGAGUCCAGCUACAACAAGGCUAACCGGCACUACAACACGCUGGUCAGCACCGCAGAACAAGGCUACGUGCCACCCAAGACGGGAGAGCAGGACGAGUCGGUGUGCAGGAUUUACCUGAGCAAGCUCAAGGACCUACGCCUGAGGCUGGAGGGCUGCGAGAACCGAACGGUGACGCGACUUCGCCAGCUGGCCGACAAAGAACCGCUCAAAGCCUGCGCCCUAAAGACCACCGAGCAGAUGAAAGUCCAAACCGAGCUGGAAGGCCUGAAGAAAGAACUGAACUCCGUUGCCGAGAAGGCGGAGGAGGUUCUGUCCUCGCCUCAAACAUCCAGCUCCGGCCCCUUGCUGCGUUCGGAACUUGACGGCACGCAGAAGAAGAUGGACCACGUCUACGGCCUCUCGUCCAUCUACCUAGAUAAGCUGAAGGCCAUCGACGCGGUGAUCAGGAAAACCAGCGACGCCGAGGAGACGCUGAAGAGCUACGAGACUCGUCUGCUGGAUGUUCACAAAGUCCCGACCGAGGAGAAGGAGGCGGAGAAGCAUCAGAGCCAGAUAAAGAAAAUGAAAACAGAGUCCGAAGCGGACCAGGCCGUGUUUGACCGCCUGCAGGACGAGCUCAAGCGGGCGUCGGCCGUCCACGACAAGAUGACGCGCGUCCACAGCGAGCGCGACGCCGAGCUGGCCCACUAUCGCCACCUGGCGGCCGGCCUGCAGGACCGCUGGCAGGCGGCGUUGGCUCAGCUGGAGGUCCGAAAGCAGGAGCUGGAGCUGAUCCGACGCCACAUGAGCGCCUACCGCGACGGCUACGAGUGGCUCGUGCGCUGGCUGGCGGACGCCAAGCGGCGCCAGGAGGAGAUCCAAGCGCUGCCCGUCAGGGACGGAGCGGCGCUGAAGGAGCAAUUGGCUGAGGAAAAGAAACUUCUGGACGACAUCGAGAAGAACAAGGACAAGAUCGACAAGUGCCAGAAAAAUGCCAAAGACUACAUUGACUCUGUCAAGGAUUACGAGCUUCAGCUCCUGACCUACAAAGCCCUGCAGGACCCGGCUGCCUCGCCACUGAAGAAACCCAAAUUGGAGUGCGCCUCUGACGACAUCAUCCAAGAGUACGUCACGUUAAGAACCCGUUACAGCGAGCUCAUGACGCUCGUCAGCCAGUACAUCAAGUUCAUCACGGACACACACCGCCGCCUGGUGGACGAUGAGAAAGCCUCGGAGAAGCUGAAAGAAGCAGAGCAGAAGAGGCUGGCGGAGAUUCAGGCCGAGUUGGACAAACAGAGGCAGCUGGCCGAGGCUCACGCUCAGUCUGUGGCCAAGGCCGAACAGGAGGCCGAGGCCCUCAAACUGAAGAUGAAAGAGGAGGCCGGCAAAAGGCAAGACAUCGCCGUGGACGGGGAGAGGCAGAAACAGAGCAUCCAGCAGGAGCUGCACGAGCUCAAGAGUCUGUCGGAGCAGGAGAUCAAGACCAAGAACGUGCAGCUUGAGGAGGCUCUGAUCAGCCGGACCAGGAUCGAGGAGGAGAUACGCAUCAUCCGUCUCCAGCUAGAGACGACCAUAAAGCAGAAGAGCACGGCCGACGUGGAGCUUCAGCAGCUCCGCGAUAAAGCAGCCGACUCUGAGAAGCUCCGGAAAACUGCUCAGGAGGAGGCCGAUAGGCUUCGCAAGCAGGUGGCCGAGGAGACUCAGAAAAAGAAGAACGCGGAAGACGAACUGAAGCGCAAAGCUGAGGCAGAGAGGGAGGCCUCCAAGAAGAAGCAGAAGGCCUUGGACGACCUAGAGAAGUUCAAGAUGCAAGCAGAGGAGGCCGAGCGGCGCAUGAAACAGGCAGAGGAGGAGAAACUCCGGCAGGUCAAGGUGGUGGAGGAGGUGGCGCAGAAGAGUGCCGCUGCACAGUUGCAGAGCACCUCCAAAUCCUUCAGCGAAAGGGCGACCAAACUGGAGGAGUCCCUCAAGAAAGAGCAGGGCACCGUGCUCCAGUUGCAGGAGGAAGCCGAUAAGCUCCGCAAACAGCAAGAGGAGGCCAGCAAAGCUCGGGAACAGGCAGAGAAGGAGCUGGAGAUGUGGAGGCAAAAGGCCAACGAGGCUCUCCGCUUGAGGCUAAAAGCCGAGGAAGAGGCCCAGAGGAAGAGCCAGGCGCAGGAGGAAGCAGAAAGGCAGAAAUUGGAGGCAGAGCGUGACGCCAAGAAAAAAGCAAAGGCCGAAGAGGGCGCCCUCAAACAGAAGGAGAAUGCGGAGAAAGAGCUGGACAAACAAAGGACUUUUGCUGAGCAGAUUGCCCAGCAGAAACUGUCAGCUGAGCAAGAAUGCAUCCGCCUCAAGGCAGAUUUUGAACACGCCGAGCAACAGAGGAGCCUCCUGGACAACGAGCUCCAGCGUCUGAAGAAUGAGGUGAACACCGCUGAAAACCAGAGAAAGAAGCUGGAGGAGGAGCUGGCCAAGGUACGAAGCGAAAUGGAUGCCCUUCUCCAGAUGAAGGUGAAAGCGGAGAAGGAGACGCUGUCUAACACGGAAAAGACCAAACAACUUCUCGAGUCGGAAGUCCUGAAAAUGAAGCAGCUUGCCGACGAAGCGGCCAGGCUGAGGUCAGUGGCCGAGGAGGCCAAAAAGCAGAGGCAGCUUGCCGAGGAAGAGGCGGCCAAACAGCGAGCCGAAGCUGAGAAAAUCCUGAAGGAGAAGUUGGCCGCCAUCAAUGAGGCGACCCGUCUCAAGACGCAAGCCGAGAUCGCCCUGAAGGCCAAAGAGGCCGAGAACGAAAGGCUGAAAAGACAAGCUGAGGAUGAAGCCUACCAGAGGAAGCUGUUGGAGGAUCAGGCGGCUCAGCACAAACAAGACAUUUCUGAGAAAAUGCAACAUCUGCAGAGCUCGUCUAACUCCGAAUUGGAGCGACAGAAAACAAUCAUUGAGGAAACUCUCAGACAAAGGAAAGUGGUGGAGGAGGAGAUCCACAUCAUCAGGAUCAACUUUGAGAAGGCCUCAAAGGACAAAUUGGAUUUAGAGAACGAAUUAAAGAAGCUGAAAGAGAUUGCGGAAGCCACGCAAAAGAGCAAACUCAAAGCCGAAAAGGAAGCCGAGACUUUGAAGCAGCUCGCCGCAGAUGAAGAGAAGAAGCGAAAGGAAGCCGAGGAGAAGGUUAAGAAGAUCACGGCAGCAGAGGAAGAGGCGGCAAGGCAAUGCAAAGCCGCUCAGGAGGAGGUGGAGCGUCUGAAAAAGAGGGCAGCGGAAGCAAACAAGCAGCGAGAGAAGGCAGAGAAGGACGCCGAGCAGCAGGUGCUCCUGGCGAAGGAGGCUGCGCAGAAAUGCACCACCGCCGAGCAAAAAGCUCAAGAUGUCCUCAGCAAGAACAAAGAGGGCGAUCUCGCGCAGGAGAAGCUCAAGGAGGAGUUCGAGAAUGCCAAAAAACUUGCACGAGAAGCUGAAAAGGCCAAAGAGAAAGCCGAGAAAGAGGCGGCACUGCACCGCCAGAAAGCCGAGGAGGCCGAGAAGCAGAAAAAAGCUGCAGAGGAUGAAGCCGCCAAGCAGGCCAAAGCUCAGAAAGAUGCCGAGAAACUGAGGAAAGAGGCCGAAAGGGAGGCCUCCAAGCGAGCGGAAGCCGAGGCCGCUGCUCUCAAGCAAAAGCAGCAGGCUGACGCAGAGAUGACCAAGCACAAGAAGGAGGCCGAGCAGGCGCUGAAGCAGAAGUCGCAGGUGGAGAAGGAACUGUCAACUAUCAAAUUGCAGCUGGACGAAACCGACAAGCAGAAGGCCGUCUUGGAUGAGGAGCUCCAGCGGGUGAAGGGCGAGGUCGACGACGCUAUCAAACAGAAGGCGCAGGUAGAGGAUGAACUUUCCAAAGUCAGGAUUCAGAUGGAGGAGCUUCUUAAGCUUAAGAUACAAAUUGAGAGCGAAAACAAGCGUCUCAUGAAAAAGGACAAAGACAGCGCAAAGAAGCUGCUCGCGGAUGAAGCCGAGAGGAUGAAGAUCCUGGCGGAAGAAGCAGCCCGGCUCAGUGCGGAGGCCGAGGAAGCCGCCAAGCUCAGAAAGACCGCUGAGUCUGACUUGGCUGAACAAAGGGCACUUGCAGAGAAAAUGCUCAAGGAGAAAAUGCAGGCCAUCCAGGAGGCUACCAAGCUGAAAGCUGAGGCGGAGGACCUCCAGAGGCAGAAGGACAAGGCACAGGAGGCGGCCAAGAAGCUUCUGGAGGACAAACAGCAGAUCCAGCAGCGGCUGGACGAGGAGACCGAAGGCUUCCAGAAAUCCCUGGAGGCCGAGCGAAAGAGGAAGCAAGAGGUGUUAGCCGAGGCGGAGAAGCUGAAAGCGAAGGUGAAAGAGCUUAGCGACGCUCAGGCGAAAGCCCAGGAGGAGGCCAAAAAGUUCAAGAAGCAGGCGGCUGAGGCCAAAGCUCAUCUGGAGGGCUCACAACAGAAAGCCACUGAAACUGUGGUGCAAAAGCUGGAGACUCAGCGACUGCAGAGUACCAGAGAAGCCGAUGACCUCAAGAAAGCCAUCAUUGACCUGGAAAAAGAGAGGGAGAAGCUGAAGAAAGAGGCGGAGGAGCUUCACAAAAGUUCCAAAGAGAUGGCCCUUGCCCAACAAGAGCAAAUUGAGCAGCAGAAGGUCAUUCUUCAGAAGACCUUCCUCACUGAGAAGGAGUUGCUGUUGAAAAGAGAAAAGGAAGUUGAAGAUGAGAAGAAGCAGCUGGAGAAACAGUUCAAGGGUGAAGUGAGUAAGGCCAAGGCGCUCAAACAGGAGCAAGAGCGUCAGCAAAAGCUGAUUGAGGAUGAGCGGAACAAGCUCCAGGGCGUCAUGGAUGACGCCUUGAGGAAGCAGAAGGAAGCCGAGGCCGAGAUGAUGAAGAAGCAGAAGGAAAUGGAGGUGCUUGAAAAGAAAAGGAACGAGCAAGAAAAACUGUUGGGAGAGGAGAACAAAAUGCUGAGAGAGAAACUCAACAAUCUCGAGAUGGUGGCCAAAGGAAAUGCAUCUAAAAUAAAAGAAAUUGAGGUCCAGCCAGCGAGGGAUGCUGGGGAGCAGUUGGUCUCCGCCACAGUGUCGGUGACCACAAAGAAAGUUUACAAUGGCUCUGAAGUUGAUGGCGUUUCGCCUUGGGCCUUUGAUGGAAUAAGAGAGAAAGUUCCUGUCGAGAGGCUUCAUGACAUCGGUGUCCUGACCAAAAAAGAGUUGGACAAACUUAAGAAAGGUAAAGUUUCAGUGCAAGACCUCACAAAGACGGACAAGAUCCAGUCAUGUCUUAAGGGUCAGAGCUGCAUUGGCGGCAUCUUGACUCCCUCAAAGGAAAAAGUGAGCAUCUAUCAGGCUAUGAAAGACAACAAAAUUACACCCAGUACAGCUACGACGCUGCUGGAAGCUCAGGCAGCUUCUGGCUACCUCGUAGAUCCUGUUAAGAACAAACUCCUCUCUGUGGACGAGGCUGUAAAGGAGCAGUUGAUUGGCCCUGAACUCCAUGACAAAAUGCUGUCUGCCGAGCGAGCUGCCACGGGCUACAAAGACCCUUUCACGGGAGACAGAAUCUCCCUUUUUGAGGCCAUGAAGAAAGACCUGAUUGAGAAGGAGCAGGCUACCAGGUUCUUGGAUGUGCAGCUUGCAACCGGCGGCAUCGUUGACCCUAUUAACAGCCACAGAGUCCCGCUGCAGACGGCCUACAAGCAAGGGCAGUUUGACGCCGACAUGAAUAAGCAAAUGCCGGACUGCAAAUUGUUUGUGGAGCCCAGCACCCAGGAGGCCCUCACCUACAAGCAACUACUGGACAAAUGCACCAAGGAUGCGGGGUCAGGCAUGAUGAUUCUACCCGUGACUGAGAAAGCCGGCCAAAGCGAGAGAACGUACACAGAUGCUGAGAUGAAAGAAGUGUUCAGCACGUCCAACGUGGACGUGCCCUUUGGCAGGUUCAAAGGAAAGACGGUCACUAUUUGGGAAGUGAUCAACUCCGAGUAUUUCACGGAAGAGCAGCGACGAGAGCUGAUCCGCCAGUACAAGACGGGCAAAAUCACGGUAGAGAAGAUCAUCAAAAUUGUUAUCACCGUUGUGGAGGACAAGGAGAAGAACAACGAAAACGUGCUGAAUGGCCUGAGGGCCCCUGUGCCAGCCAGCGAACUUCUGGAGUCAAAGGUUAUAAGCAAAGACCUAUUUAACAAGCUAAGCAACGGCAAGAUCACUGUCAAAGAGCUCUCUGAGAUGGAUCCUGUGAAGAAAGCACUCCAAGGAACACCGAGCAUUGCUGGACUGUUUGACGAACCCACCAAGGAGAAAAUGCCUUUCUAUCAAGCGAUGAAAAAAGAGCUCCUCUCACCGGAGACAGCUGUUCAUCUUCUCGAGGCUCAAGCGGCUACCGGCUUUAUAAUCGAUCCCAUCAAAAACGAGCGGGUGCCUGUUGACGAAGCCGUCAAGGCUGGCUUGGUGGGCCCAGAACUCCACGAGCGACUGAUGUCUGCGGAGCGAGCGGUUAGUGGCUACAAAGAUCCUUACUCCGGCAAGAAGGUGUCUCUAUUUGAAGCCAUGAGUAAAGGUCUCAUCAAGAGAGACCACGGCAUCCGUCUGUUAGAAGCACAACUCUCCACAGGGGGAAUUAUUGAUCCGGUCAAAAGCUACCGCGUCCCACACGAGGUUGCCUGCAAACGUAGCUAUUUGGAUGAGGAAACCAGCACAACCUUGAGCAAGACAACCGACGAAACCAAGGUCUUCUACGAUCCCAACACACAGGAGGAUGCCACCUAUGCGCAGUUGAUGAAGAAAUGCAUCUCUGACAAUGAAACUGGACUUCCCUUGCUCCCGCUCGCUAAGAAGGCUCCAAAACCCAAAGAGGAUCAACAGAUUACAGAAGCCAAAACCAAAGAGGCCUUGAACCAGAGCACGGUGGAGCUGCACUACGGACCUUUCAAAGGCAGAAAGGUCACAAUCUGGGAGAUCAUCACCUCCGAGUACAUCACCGAGGAGAAGAGAAUCGAGCUGAUUCGCCAGUACCGAAUGGGCCAUGUGACAAUAGAAAAGUUAAUAAGGGUUGUGACGACCAUAGUGGAGGAAAAGGAAUCCUCUACAAAAGAAAAGCCCUGUUUUGAAGGUCUGAGGGAACCAGUUGCUGCCAGCACAUUGAUGAACGCCAACAUCAUUGACAAGGCCACAUUUGAGCAGCUCCAGCAGGGCACAAAGACUCCUCAGGAAGUGAGUGAAGACGAUAAAGUCAGGAAGUAUCUGCAAGGCACAGACCGCAUCGACGCCAUCGCAAUGGACGGAACAAACGAAAAGCUAAGCAUAUAUCAAGCAAUGAAAAAUAACAUUUUGCAAGCUAACACUGGCCUCGCACUGCUCGAAGCCCAAGCUGGAACUGGUUUCAUAACAGACCCCAUCAAAAACAUCAAAUAUUCCGUGGAUGAUGCCGUCAAGGCUGGAGCUGUCGGCCCAGAGCUUCAUGAGAAACUUCUCUCUGCUGAAAAAGCCGUGACAGGAUACAAAGAUCCUUACACUGGCACUAAGAUUUCUCUGUUCCAAGCCCUGAAGAAAGAACUGGUGCUGAGGGAGCAUGCCAUUCCUCUUCUGGAGGCUCAGCUGAACACAGGAGGCCUCAUCGAUCCCGUCGGUAGCCAUCGUAUUCCCACCGAGGUCGCCAUUCAGCGAGGCUUUUUAAGUAAACACAUGGCCAAAUCUUUAAACGAACCCUCGGGUGACGUCCGGUGCUUCACCAAUCCCAACACCAAUGAAAGUGUCACGUACAAGCAGCUUCUGGAGAAAUGUGUCAAAGAUCCCAACUCUGGUCUGUGCUACCUGCCGCUGUCCAAGGCUGAAGCUUCUCCCACUGAGAAGUCCUACAAGUACACUGAGGAGCAAGCCCAGGCAGAUCUAGCCAACACUCAAAUUGAGAUCCCACACAAGAGCUUUGAAGGCAAGAGCUUGACCAUCUGGGAAAUCAUUAACUCAAACAUGCUUCCCGAGGAGGAGAGACGCCGCCUCAUGGAGCAGUAUCGCUUGGGGACAAUCACCAAGGACAGAAUGCUCAUCAUUGUCAUUGAAAUAAUUGAGCAAAGGGAAGCCGAAAAGGUUGAGCAGGGCAUGUCGUGCGACAUCAUCAGAAGGAGAAUUACAAUAGAGGAGCUUUACAGUGCUCGAAUUAUAGACUUGCACACUUACAACCUCUUGAAGCAAGAAAAAAUGACCAUCAGCGAGAUUAUGGCGAUGCCAUCGGUCAAACAGUACCUCUUUGGCACCGGUUGCAUUGCCGGGAUCAUGUCAGACACUCCCAGCAAGGUCAGCAUCUAUCAAGCCAUGAAAAACGGAAAGAUUAAGCCUGAAGUUGCUCUGACGCUCCUCGAGGCCCAAGCAGCAACUGGCUUCAUUGUCGAUCCUGUGAAAGACGAACUUCUCACGGUGGAUGAAGCAGUGCGCAAAGGGCUCGUGGGGCCUGAACUUCAUGACAAACUUCUCUCUGCCGAGAGAGCGGUGACAGGCUACAAGGAUCCAUACAGUGGAAAAGUGAUUUCACUCUUCCAGGCAAUGAAGAAAGAUCUGGUUCCUGAGGAUUACGCUUUGAGGCUCCUGGAAGCCCAGAAUGCCACCGGGGGCUUGAUGGAUCCUGAAUACUACUUCCGCCUGCCCGCAGAUGUUGCCAUGCAGCGCGGGUACAUCAACAAAGAGACAUUGGACAGAAUAUCUGAACCCGCCGCCGAUGUGCAAGGUUAUACCGACCCCACAACAGACGAGAACCUGACCUACGCUCAGCUGCUGAAAAGAUGUCGGCUGGACAAAGAGAGUGGACAGCGGCUGCUGUCGCUGGCGGACAGGAGGCUCCUCUUCAAGGGUCUCAGGAAGCAAAUCACCGUGGACGAGCUGCUUCGUUCGCAGAUCAUUGACCAAAAGACGUACAACGAACUCACUCAGGGCAACAUCAGCGUGGAGGAGGUCAGCAGAGACCUGAAGAAGUACCUCGAAGGCGUCAGCUGCAUUGCUGGCGUCUUUGUAGAAGCCACCAAAGACUGCUUGUCCAUCUACCAAGCCAUGAAGAAGAACAUGAUCAGACCGGGAACCGCCUUUGAGCUGCUUGAGGCCCAGGCUGCGACAGGGUAUGUGAUCGACCCCAUCAAAAAUCUAAAACUCAAUGUCAACGAGGCCGUUAAGAUGGGUGUCGUGGGUCCAGAGUUUAAAGACAAACUGCUGUCAGCUGAGCGAGCGGUCACGGGCUAUAGGGACCCUUAUUCUGGCAAGCUCAUCUCACUGUUCCAGGCCAUGAAGAAGGACUUGAUCUUGAAAGACCACGGCAUCCGCUUGCUCGAGGCUCAGAUUGCCACGGGUGGAAUCAUUGACCCCCAGGAGAGCCAUCGCUUGCCGGUGGAAGCGGCGUACGAACGUGGCCUGUUUGACGAAGAGAUGAACCACAUACUCACCGACCCGUCUGACGACACUAAGGGCUUCUUCGACCCCAACAGUGAAGAAAACCUCACUUACCUUCAGCUCAUGGAGAGAUGCAUGACUGACCCGCAAACAGGUCUCGCUCUCCUUUUGCUGAAGGAAAAGAAGCGGGAAAGGAAGACUUCCUCCAAGUCAUCCGUUCGAAAACGCAGAGUUGUUAUCGUUGAUCCGGAGACGGGCAAGGAGAUGUCCGUAUAUGAGGCUUACCAGAAAGGACUUAUUGACCACCAGACCUAUUUGGAGCUAGCCGAGCAGGAGUGCGAAUGGGAGGAAAUUACCAGCACCUCGUCUGCCGGAGUUGUAAAAUCCAAGAUCAUCGACAGGAGGUCCGGUCGACAGUACGACAUCGACGAUGCCAUCUCAAGCGGCCUGAUUGAGAAGUCUGCGCUGGACCAGUACCGUGCUGGAAGUCUAUCCAUCACCGAGUUUGCAGACAUGCUAUCUGGAAACUCCAGCGGAGUCAGAUCACGGUCGUCCUCCUUUGGCUCCACUUCGUCUUACACCUCAAGUCCAAUGCCCAGCAUAAAAACACCGACUGUCACGUGGAACGACCCCACCGAGGAAAGCGGCCCCGUAGCUGGAAUCUUGGACACGGGAACACUAGAGAAGGUGUCUGUCACCGAGGCCAUUCGCAGAAACCUCGUGGACAACAUAACCGGUCAGAGGCUGCUGGAAGCUCAGGUCUGCACUGGAGGAAUCAUCGACCCAAACACUGGUGAAAAAUUCUCUGUCACAGACGCAAUGAACAAAGGACUUGUGGACAAGAUCAUGGUGGACCGUAUCAGCCUCGCACAGAAGGCUUGUAACGGAUUCGAGGACCCUCGAACCAAAACCAAAAUGUCAGCGGCCCAAGCACUCAAGAAAGGGUGGUUGUACUAUGAGGCCGGCCAGCGGUUCCUGGAAGUCCAAUAUCUGACUGGUGGUUUAAUUGAACCAGACGUCACCCACAGAGUCUCACUGGACGAUGCCUUGAAGAAGGGCACCUUGGACGCACGCACUGCACAGAAGCUACGUGACGUCAACACGCACUCAAAGUACCUCACCUGCCCCAAAACCAAACUCAAAAUCUCCUACAAGGACGCAUUAGACAGAAGCAUGAUUGAGGAGGGCACCGGCCUCAGACUUCUGGAGGCGUCCUCCCAGUCCAGUAAAGGCCUCUACAGUCCCUACAGCGUCAGCGGCUCAGGCUCAGCUACCGGCUCACGGUCGGGCUCCAGGACUGGUUCCAGGUCGGGCUCCAGAAGAGGGAGCUUUGACGCAACCGGAUCCAGUUUCACCACCACCUUCUCCUCCUCCUCCUCAUCUUCGUACAGUUCGCCAAGUUACGGCCGCCGAUAUUGAGGACUGACGAUAGAGCCGCCGAGAUGCCUAACUGUCAUUGGACUCGAGACUACCAAGUUUCUGCUCUGCAUGUGGCUGUUGCAAGACUUUAAAUAUUUCAUUUUGUACAACUUAGACUUCUUUGUUUGUUUAUCUAUACCUUGCAAGUGUACAUUUUAUUUUAACAGUAAAUUAAUUACUGUUACUGAGAGGAAAUUAGCUUUGAGCGUAACACUACCGUUACACCGUUGUCGUCGAGCCUUCUGAAUAUAGAGCGUCUUUCUCCAAAAUGAAUAUAUUGAAAGCUAAAUGCCGGAGUCGGAGUCGGCACGAUCGCUGACAUGGCUAAUGUCUCUCUAACGCUAAGCUUCGAGAUCUUUAUCCCCGGUCACGGUGCUGCGCACCUACUACACUGCUAGAACUGGACCCCAUUCCCGACGUUACUCGUAAAACCUGGACUUGCAGCUCACUGGAAGACCGCCAACACGUCAAUCUGAACUCGUAGACUCUUGACCCCAAAGUAACCCAAGUCGUCGCUGAUUCUCCAGAACCCCCCCAACCGGUACGCGAGAACACAAUAGUCAACAUUGUCUUGUCCGCCAAGUCCUGUCGUCCCACAUCCCGUGUUCUCCUUUUUAGAUACCGCACCCUCUCUGCUCCGUGUCUUCCAGAGACCUUGACCCUGAACUAUCACUGUAACCGGAAUGUAUGCAAAAGAGUCCCUCUUGCGACUAACCCCGAGCUCACUCGACAUGAGAACGCCUUCAAGUGCCUGCAUAAAAAGAAACGCGUCAAGACGUUUAGGGCGGCUGCCGCAUAUUACCAAGAUGGUGCUUUGGUUUUGACGCUUGCAUAACUGACCGAGCAGGAUGCGAUCAGGUUUAUCUCACAAACCACAUUAAACACUUAUGAAUGUUAAUUAUGACGUGACUGUAUACACACACACCACUGCUGGUUUUGUUUCUUUCUUUCUUUUGCCGCUAGCCUUCCAGCCUUUCUAUUUUUUGAUGUUAAAACUUCUUUGUAAAGCAAAGCCUAAUUAUGUGGCCUAUAUCCUUUUAUUUUCCUACACACUAUAUUUCUGAGUUGCAUGAUUUACUAACAUUUAAACAAAACACAAAUGCAAAUAUAAAUCGGGCCAUACCCUUGAAAUCAUUUGUUGUAUUAUUAUUGUGAUGAUGAUGAUGCACCAAAGGGGUUUGAAGGAUGUAUUUUAACGCGUGGUGUAUUUUUAAUUAAAAAAAAACGCCGAAAAGGAAUAGAGUUGUAACACCCUCGCUAUGUAAAUAAACAAGGACAUGAAACA